UUGAAACCCGUCUUUCUACGGUCAAGGAAAGAAGUCUGUCUCCUACACUGAUUCAGCAAAUUUCUGAAACUAAAGCAAUGCAGUCUCUACCUGAAGCUCAUGUCACCAGCCACCUUGGUUGCACAGAAAAUGUGGUGAACCUGAACUUCAGCAAACUCCAGCCCAGAAGGGUGGUCGAGGCCUACGUCAGACGCAGUUUAAGUCUAAGGGAAGGUGGAGCCAACAACAAGAUUGUGAAGUGGAGCUCGCUUCCAGGAAAUGUCUCACCGAAAAACAUCAAGUGCAAAGAGGGAGCUGUUCCAUGGAAACAUUGCAGGGGUCAAGAAAAAAUGCAAAAUGAAACAGUGAGCCGAAAGCAUAAAGAUAAGGUGAUGCCUUCCAGCACCAGCUCUUCAAACGUUGAGUCAAACGAGGAGAAGCAGCCCAGUAAGUGCCGGAGCAAGGAUGGGAGAAAAGGGAAAAAGUCUCAAACCUUCUUUGGAAAAUUUGUGAGUUUCCUGUGGAAAUGGAAAAGUGAUGAGAAGAAAGGUGAGGGGCGUAAAAGAUUGAAAGAUCCUGGCCCUUCCCAGGCUGAAAAUCCUUCAGUACACAAUGGACAACAGCACCUUGUUAGGACCCAGGAGCCACCUGGAGAGCUGCCCAUCAUUCACAAGCUCAAGAAGAGAAAUAGCCUUCGGAGAGUUCUCUCUUUAAAGAGAAAUAAUUCUGAAGCUAAAGACAUGGGGUUGGCUGCUCUGGGAGCCAGUAAGAGUAAGGGUGCUCGACCCAGCCUGCUGGAUCUCAACAGCGGAUGCAGGCCAAAAGAAAAUAUAUCAGAACGAGACUCUGCGUACCUGUAUGAGCAGGUCUCUGAGGAAGUCGAGCGGAUUGUGCAGAUGCCAGAGUCUGGUGAAGGAUGUGAAGAUAAAGAAAGAAGUGUAACGGCAGCAGAAGAAACGCAGUGCUUGAAAUCAGCAGAUGAUAACAUUUGGAAAAUUAUUGAAAUACUCCAAAAUGUUGGUGAUCAUGUUGACUCAAAGCUUCAAGGAGAUUCCCAGCUUUCCACUUUCUUCACAAACCUCAGCUACGAUGCCUUCAAGGAACUUGCAGACCAAUAUGUCAAAAAAGAGGUGAAGAACAAGGGACUACAGGAGAAUCCCGAGUUUGUCAAGCUGGCAUUUACACUUGAUUUUACUGCAAAGGUUGCGGGGGUCUGUGACCUUCAGAUCAAGCGGAUCACGGGCUUUGGGAGCCAGUACCUCCAGGAUACCUGCUGGCAGAUGCUCAGCUCCAGUGAACAGGACGAACCAACAAACAGCGCAGAACGGCCUCCUAGUCCAGACUGAAGGAGAGUGACUGAACAAUUGCUUCUAUUUUACUUCCUGAGGGAGUCUGCAACUUCCUGAAUCUGCAGAGUGAUUCAGACUGAGCAGAACAUGAGAACAAACUCACAGCUCCUCCGCAACUCUACCCUGUAGAUGGUGUGACUACAACUAUGGCUCAGUCCCCUGCUGCUUGGCUGCAGUGAGAAUAAUCUUUGGAUUGCACCAAGGUCCAAUGUGUCUUUUGUUUGGCACUUCUCCACCUGACAUGGAGCCUUCCUAGACAGAGCUGUAGAACAGAGAUGCAUCGGCCUACCUUCGAACAUUAUCAUCUGGUGUUUCUGGCAAAUUCCCCACCUUUGCAAGGCAGUGGUUAACACACCUAUUCUUCAGAGUGAUCAGCCACUCAGUGGAUGACCUGGCAGAGAGAGGCAGUUGCAGAACUUGUUCUUAAUACAGAAGUACUUCUGCUUUACUCCUCCUUCCUUUCCAGUUCAAUGAAGGGUCUCGACCUGGAUCAUUUUAAUUUCUUUUGAUUCUGCCUGACCUGCUCAUUUCUUACAGCAUUUUGUGUGCAUCAGUCUAAACUUGUUUAAUGUUUUCUCUGGUGUUUAUAUUGUUAUUUAUUGGUAAAAAUAUCAGUAUGACUUUGUCAUUCAGUGCAACAGUGUGUGAGGCAGAUGAAUAAUAAAUGUGAUUAAUUUU